UGAAAAUGGUGUCUGCAGAAAAUCUAGCCCAAAAGCAGCCAACCAACUUCCUAAAAAAAGCAAAACCAAAAAGCAUUGCUUACAAGAUAAUUCCUACCUCAUCACUCCAUUCAGAAUUCACCAACCAACCCCACCUUUUUUGUCACCUUUUUCACGGAAUCAGGACAAAGAAUCAAGAGAAAAACGUGUCAGUACAACAAUUGAACACAGUAGCAUUCUAUCCUACCCAGUAUAAAUAAUAUUUCUUUUUUGCUUUGCCGAUUGUGAAAUUGGACUGCUAAAACCAAGAAUGACAAUGGGUUUUGGUUUUUCAGCCUCCAUUAUUGGUUUUCUUUGCUGCAUGGUUUCAAUGGUGGCAGAGUCAUCCUCUGCCUCUGUUUCUUUCAUAUCAGCAUUGGGAGAUCCUGGAAUGAAGAACCCAAAUGUCAGAUUUGGGUUUGAGGCUUGGAAUUUCUGUAAUGAAGUUGGGAGUGAAGCGCCGAAUAUGGGCAGCCCCAGGUUGGCUGAUUGUGCUGAUAUUCAAUGCAGCGGUUCUUCUGCUCCACCAGGUUCUUUUUGUUUUUCCAACUUCCUUUGUGGUUAAAAAUGUUAUCAUAAUUAUGUUACCAGUGGAGUGGAAGAUUAGUUGUAUAUUGAUGUGUUAAUUUGGUAAAAUCUGUAUUAUUUUUUUCUCAGAAUUUAGGAAAAUGCAGUUGCUUCUUUUCUUCUCUGUUGGCUCAUUGUGAUUAAAGUUCAGAUUUGUGCCUUUUUCUGGGUGGGAAAUUGAAUAGUAAGAGGGUAGAAAAGUUCUCUUAAUCUGUCCGUCAAAUUCUUCUUGUUAAAUUCGUGAUGUAGACAAUCUGAAUUGUAUAGUAUUUUUGGAUAAAGAGUGAAUAUGAUUGACUGAUAUAUUUUUGAGCUGUAUAAGCUUUAUUAAUAGCUCUGUAAGCUUCAUAAUCAUACCUGAAAUUCAUUAUUGGCAUGUGGUUAUCUUCCCUAUUUGACUGUGUUUCUUGGGAGAGUUCGACUUCUAGCAUUUUGUUUGUUACUAAUCUAUCCUGAAAAAACGAAGUUUUCCCUUAAAAUGUUGAAUAUCCAUCCCUUUCCGUGACAUGUUACUGAACCAUUUUGGUUGUAUCAUCCAUUGUCUAAGACAAGCAGGGUGGCUUAAUGGUUGAUAAUGGGAGCAAGUGUGAAGUGCGUCAAAAUGUGCUUGAAUCAGACAACAAAUUAAAGGCUGGUGAUCCGUUUCCUUCAGAAGGAUUUAAUCCAUCUAGUGAUCCUAAUCUCUAUGCUGUCCAAAAGGAAUUGUAUCUAGGUUCUCUCUGUGAGGUGCAUGAUUCUGCUAAGCCAUGGUACUUUUGGAUGAUUAUGUUAAAGAAUGGAAAUUUCGACCCCAAUACCACACUUUGCCCUGAAAACGGCAGAAAAGUCGGUAGAAUAGUGACAACAAGACACUUUCCUUGUUUCGGCGAAGGAUGUAUGAAUCAACCACUUGUUUACCACAACAGCUCAAGAGUCAUUUCUUUAGGUGAUAAAAUAUCUCUGGUUGGUGGAUUUUAUGGAACUUAUGAUCUUGAUGCUGACCUGAGUAAGGGUGUUGGAGCAAACUCUUUUUUUGCGACUACCUGGCAAAAGAAUUUGAACAGUGGGAGUUGGAUCGUCUCAAAUAAACUGACGACAUCUACCAAGUAUCCGUGGCUUAUGUUGUAUCUCCGAGCAGAUGCAGCUGAAGGAUUUAAUGGUGGAUAUCACUAUCCUGGCCAUGGCAUGAUGAAAAAGCUGCCUGAAUCUCCUAAUUUUAAGGUGAGAUUGACACUCGAAGUUAAACAAGGUGGUGGAGAUAACAGCCAGUUUUAUCUCCUUGAUAUUGGAAGCUGUUGGAAAAAUAAUGGAGCUCCAUGUGAUGGCGAUACUAUAACCGAUGUAACUAGAUAUAGUGAAAUGAUAAUAAACCCCGCAACUACAAGUUGGUGUCGUCCUGAUAAUCUUGUCUCCUGCCCCCCUUACCACAUUAGUCCAACAGGGGAAGUGAUUUACAGAAAUGACACAUCUCGAUUUCCUUACUCAGCCUAUCAUCUGUAUUGUGCACCCGGGAAUGCUGAGCAUUUGGAGAAGCCAUAUGAUAUCUGCGACCCAUACAGCAACCCGCAAGCACAAGAGUUGGUUCAAAUACUACCACAUCCCGAGUGGGGUGUUCAUGGAUAUCCAUCCAAUAAAGGAGAUGGCUGGAUUGGUGAUCCAAGGACUUGGGAGCUUGAUGUCGGUUCUUUGUCUAGUCGACUAUACUUUUACCAGGUAUUGUGUAAUCUGCCUUUGCUUACCAUUCAGAUUCUACAACUUAGAAGGAUACAAUGACCAAAUCCGAGUUAUAUUGUCUUAAACAGGACCCUGGAACAAAACCUGCCAAGCGUAUUUGGACAUCUAUCAAUGUCGGUACAGAGAUUUAUGUUAGCAGCAAAGGAAUGACAGCGGAGUGGAGUGUAAGUGAUUUUGAUGUAUUGAUUCCUAAAGAUAGUGAACUUAAGGGUAGACAGAACAUGUAGCAAUAAUGAAACUUUUAUAGAAUAAUUCAUACCAUCUUUGGCUCCUAAUCAAGUUUUUCUUAUCUGAUUUAUGGUCAUUCAUCCUUCUCUUUCUUUCUAGUUUCAUAAAUCAUAAAUAUUCCCUAACUCUUGUCCGAUGACAGUUAAGCGAGUUAAAUGUCUGGAAGGGCUUUUUGUUUCUUGUCGUAGUCAUGAAAUUGAUGAGUGGCUCGUAUUCCCCAGUCCAUAUUAACCAGAGCUGAAGAUGAAGUUAUGUUGGUAACAUUCUGGGAUUAACCUUUCAAAAAAAGCUUAAGAGAAGUCAGGGUAAGAUAUCAAAGAAGAGUAGUGUUAAACCUGUGUAUAAAUCAAGAGAGAGGGAGGGAGUUUAUAAACUGAUAAACAUCACAUCACUCGAUACAAACUAAAUCUUUAUUUAUCUGCUGUCAAAACACGAGUCCAAGAAGAAGAUUUUAUUGUCUUAUAGAUCAUGCCUCGGUAUGGUUUUAUGUGUUGGUCUCAAGAAAUGGAUAAUCUGUGUAGCCAACAACUGGGUCAGGUGUAUAAAAAGUUGCCCUGUUAUAUUUGUUUAGAGGAGCAUUUAGUUCAUAUCGCUUGGGCAAAUCAGGAUUCGCUAAGAAUAAACGCCCAUACGCAACAAGAUCCGUACUGUUUUCUGCUAUGGCUUUGUUUCCAUCUUCCCUGUCAUAACCACCAGCCGCAAUAAAAGUGCAUUUGAAUGCCUUUCUCAUUGGAAGAAGGGUAUCAGGACAUUCGGAUUUUUCCCCAACUUCUUUCAUCCUUGGCUCUACCAUGUGCAAGUAGAGUAUCCCAUAUUUGUUCAGAGCUUCAGCCAUGUACAUCCCUAGUGCUUUGGGACUUGAGUCACUUGCUCCAUUGUAGUUCGCGAAGGGUGAAAGCCUUAUCCCAACUCUGUCAGCUCCUAUAGCACUGGAAACAGCUUCGACUAUUUCCAGGGCGAAUCUGCAGCGGUUUGCCAGUGAGCCUCCAUAUUCAUCUGUUCUGUCAUUGACUUGGUCUUUAGAGAAUUGGUCUAUCAAAUAGCCAUGAGCUCCGUGUAUUUCCACGCCAUCAAAACCUGUCAAAGUUAACAAAACAAACCAAUCAAAGAGAAUCUUUGUUUAUCUGUAAAUUGAAGACAGUUCUGAGAUGUGAAGCAUUACCCGCUUCAUUUGCAUUAACAGCAGCAACCCUAUAACUGUUCACAAUAUGGGGAAUUUCUUCAAUUCCUAAGCGGCGAGGUGCUGAAAAUUCUGCAACAUCAAUACCAUUUGUUCGGACUUGAGGAGCUAAUACCUUGUCCGUGGAUGAGAUUGGAGCUUGUCCAUUGGGCUGAUAUCCUAGCAACGUCAGUAAAACAGAAAUGAAAGAUUAGCAAAGAGAAGAAUUUUUGGUUUGCAUGCAUAGGUGGACUUGAGGGUGAUUUGCAUCAUUUUGUAGCUUAAUCAGCCUAGGUUUUAGCAAAAUGAUUGGAUCCUUGUUCCUAACCAUCUCUAUGAUGAUGAUCGGAACAAAAUUAGAAUCCAAUAAUAUGGGUGACAUAGCAGAUAUUGAGACUGGAGCACAUCUUUUACCUGAAUUGGAAACUCUUCCAGCAUGCCAAAUCGGGCAAAAGAAGAUACCGCCUUUGGCAUGAACUGCAUCGACAACAGGUUUCCAGGCUUCGAUCUGUUCCUUGGUCCAUAUUCCCGGAGUAGAAGGGUAUCUACAAUCACAAGGUAAUGUUUCAUUUUCACAUUCGCAAGUUUUAUCAAAUUCAAUGCUGAUGUUACUUGGUAUCUGGUACUGCUAUUAGUACUAUUACCCUGUUGAUGUUUCAGAAAUUCCAGUAGCUUCUGCUAUGAGUAGGCCACCUUUGGUGGUUCUUUGAGAAUAGUACAAUACUGCAUGUGGCUGUGCAACCUCGUUGAAAGAUCUUUGCCUUGUAAGAGGUGCGAGAACAAUCCUGCAUCGAACUCGGGACGAAAUAAGAAAUAAUAAAAAUGAAGAAGAUGUGCUAAUAUCAAACUUUUCUUGGUUCUAAUGGGAGCAAAGAUAAACAACAAGCAGGGUGGCGCAUUAGCCAUUCGUAUCUGUAAACUAAACGAUGUUGAACUGAAAAUUUGGGUUGACAGUUAUAUAUAUCAGUUAGAUGAAGUAGAAUCCCAUAAAUUUCAAGAAUCUUUGGACAAAGUGCUCAGAAGUUCUGCUUCCAACUCUAAAAAGCCACCAACUCCUUAUUCUUUUGAUUGCAAGAAAACAUUGUCAACAUGUUCCCAGAUGUUAUCAGAACAGUGCUUGUGCAAAUCAACCAAACCAUGAGUCGUCGUUCAAAGUGAUCCAUGAGGACACUAUCUAGAGAGAAUCGUUGUUUAUAUUGUUCAUUUCUGACCUCAUCGGAUGAAGAGGUGGAAAUCAGUUUGGAGGAACGAUAAAGACCAUUUACAGCCCAGUCUUAAGAGCUAAAAAAUUCACUCAAAAAGGAGUUUUACAUGGGAAGUCAGAGUCCACAAACUCCCUCUACCGAAAAAUGAUUGCAGUUCAUUGAUCUGAUGCAAAAUAAAGCAAAAGCUCAGCAAACUCACACCAGAGGAAUUAGUCUCAUAUCAUACCUAUGAGAGAGCUGGAAAUUUCCCAUUUUGUAGGGAGUCAGCAAAGGUAUUGUUGGUGGCUGUUGAUAAUUCUGAUCGUCUGGUGCAUCAUCUGCCUUCUUUGCCAUUAUCUUCCUGAUGAUCACCACAGUUCAGCACAGAAGAGGUAAAGAACAGUGUAAGUAUGGUUUACUGGAUAGUGCUGGUAUUAUGCUGCGCUAAAGUGAAGAAUUUGCCUUUUUGGAGAAGAGUGGAAUAUAGUGUGGAAAACCAUGGCCGACUUCUUGUAAUAUACAAUGAUUCCAAUCAAAUAACAGUAAAGUAAUAAAAAGAAGAAGCUUUACGCAUACUCAUUCUUGCUGCAACACGGUUCUUUGCACUAAGGAUACAAACUUAUAUAAUCAGUAAUCUGAAAAUGACAAGCAUACUUGAUUCCGUCAUCAGCAGAUGACAAUGACUUCAAGAUUUCAAAUUUAAGUAAGUAGAAAGGAUACAUGAUUUCACAACAGAAACUAACAAUAAGCUUCAGAGACUACCAGAAACACAUCAGCCUAACCCAGUCGGGUUGGAAUAAGAUUCAAACCUUAGACACAAAGUCAUAUGCUUUUAAAGGUUUUUUUGAUCGAAACUUUCUUUAUUACUCCCUCCGUCCCAUAAUUAUUGUCCAGUUUAAGUUUUCAUUUCUAGUUCAAAUUAUACUAAAAUGAAAUUUCAAACUGGACAAUAAUUUUG